AUGGCAAUGGAUUGGAGGGGCAAUUUCUGGAUUAUCUUGGCUGCGGCCAUCAUCUUUGUCUCCGUGGGCCUGAGCAUCCUCCUGUUCUGUGUCUGUAGGUGUCUGUUUAGACCAGGCAAGAAAUGGGAAACUGCCAAGCCCUUGAAACAAAAGCAGAGAGAUGAAGAAAUGAUGUAUGAGAAUGUUACCAAUCAAUUCUCAGUUCAAUUACCCCCUCUGCCACCCAGGGGUGUGCUUUCUCCAGAAGUUGCCUCCCCACAGGAAACCCCAAUUCGGCCACCAGCUGCACGCUCAUCAGUAAAUAAAGUUAGAAAUAAGGAGACAAUGGCCGCCCCAAGCUAUGUUGAGCCUGAAGGUGACUAUGAUGACGUUGAUAACCCUGAUUAUAUGGAAAACCAUCAUCUUGAAACAACCGUUUCUUCUUUUUGACAAGCAGAAG